CUGGUACAUUUGCAAAAAUGGGCAAGCUUUCUAUCCCUAGCAAAGCUGAGAUAGCUGCACCUUUUCAAUCUAAAGAAGCAUUCGUCGAAUUCUUGAGAGCUCCAGAGAGCAAUGAAGGCCACACCACUGUUGGAGAUCCAAGGUGGACAAACAAGGACUUAGCACCGACACCCUUCUCCAUUGUUGGAUGGAACACUGGUUCGGCACUGGUCACCGCCGGCCUUUCUUUCAUAUCUGCGUGUCUUGGCUCUCUCCUUGCAGCUGUCAUUGUCGUCUUGAUGGCUCGCCCAGGUGCCAGAUACCACGUCGGCUUGGCAAUCGUGUGUAUAAUUUGGUACGGCAUCCAAACAUUCUAUGCAGGGAACGUUCUCUCUGUGAUCUUACGCUGCAUUUUCGGGAGCUCUUGGAACAAUCUCGAUAACGCCCUACCCCUGAGCGCAAACAUGUGGGUUCAUCCGAAGAGGAUCCAUUACAUCUUCACGGUCAAAGGCUUCACUAUGCCUAUAGCUGCUUUGGCUCUCUUCGGCACAUGCAUGAGCAUCGGUGGAGGGUUAGGAGACAUAGACAUUGUCUCAAAAGCGGGUGAACUCUCGUCGUCCGUUACACCUUUGGGCUGGUCCAUCAUGGCUGGUGUCAACACUAUCUUUGGAGGUUUGUCACCCAUGUUGGUUAAUCAGCCCGACCUCGCUCGCUACUGUAAGAAACCUCGGGAUGCUGGCUUCCUCCAAGGCAUAUGUGUCUUCUUCCCUUCAGUCCUCGUCUUCUUCUUGGGAAUGGCCUCGACGACAUCCAUUCAGUCAAAGUGGGGAACUGCCUAUUGGAACGUUUGGGAUCUCUUCGAUGUUAUCCUUGACCACCACUUUGGCGCUGGUCCUCGCACUGGCAUCUUUUUCAUUGCCAUGGUGUUCUUUUUCGGUGUGUUUGUGACCAACAUUGGCGCCAAUUCGCUUCCGUUUGGCGCCGACAUGACAGGUCUAGUUCCUAGGUUCUUGACGAUUCGACGAGGACAGACUCUCUGUGCGAUUUUGGGGGUUGUCGUACAACCUUGGCAGCUCAUGGCAAAUGCAUCAGCUUUCCUCAGCUUUCUCGGAUCUUACAACAUCUUCAUGGCGCCACUUUGCGCAGUCAUCAUCGUGGACUACUUCAUCGCUCGCAGGGGCAACAUACAUGUACCGUCGUUGUACGAUGGCAAGAGGUCGGGCCUUUAUUGGUACUGGUCUGGCGUCAAUCUAGUCGGCGUGAUCGCAUGGCUCUUGGGCACGACGAUGGGUAUUCCAGGCCUCAUUGGACAAUACCAGCCACAAAUCAUCAGCACGGCAGCAAAAAACAUGUACAGGCUUGGCUUCUUGUUGACAUUUACAACGGCGGCAACAGUAUAUUAUGUUCUCAGGUUGUUCAUCAAGCCACGGGUCUUUCCUGUCGGGCGUGACGACACAUCUUUCCUGUGGGAAUGGCUAGGCAAGGAAGGACGCGAGGGCUUCUUCGAAGACGAGAGAGUCGACAAUCGGCUCUUCGCACCAGCAACUCCACCUGCCACAGAGGCCGAAGAGAUUCAACUCGGCGAGAAAGCGUGCGGAUCGAAAGUA